AUAGCAUCCCAGCUCGCUCAGUCACAGCUCCCGACGUCUCUUGAUCUUAAUGCACCAGGUGUCGUCGCUCUCGGUCCAAGACCCGUCUCUAAGGCCACGUCGAAUCCUCCGCCGCAACAGCCGUUCCCAGAUUACUCUAUCGGCUACAUCCCGACCGCAGAUGUCGCAUUCGUUAGCCAGGCAAUCCCACUAUAACCCACAAAUAGGCAGCAUUCCACUCACCCCUUCCACAUGCUCUCCGAGACCAAGUUACAACCAGUGCUCUUCUAAAUGGAACCAUAUCCGAGCACAUUGACCAGUGUCGACGUCCCUCUGCUUCUGAACCUAGCCACCAAUCAAAUUGGGCAAGGCAAUAGAGGAAGGCAACUGAGAUACUUUAGGUGGACAGCACACUACGUAUCUGGGAUGUUAAUGGAGUUGUGGCUUCGCUUCGACCCGCACGUCGACAUGAUUGAUAUCAUGGCUCGCAUUUAUCUGCCCAGUGGAAUGAGGAUGCCACAAGCCAACACAAUCAACAUGCGGCAACUGCGACUCAGGGAAUGUGUCCCGGCGACGCCGUUCAACUUUGGACGGCAGUACCCCACUGCAAUGGAAGUCGACCAGAUUUCCAAGAGGACACGCGAAAGGAUGUUGUUUAACAGAUGUAUGACUGUCGAUUUUCCGAACAACCGCCUUCUCAAACCUGUUCUCGCCAGCGACAAAUCGGCCAUCGGACACAUUGACAGCGGACUACCACUUGAAUAUUUCUUGAGCUGAUACGCUACUCCCUUUCCAAUUCCUUCCCACCAUCAGCUGUUGGUCCCCGAACUCGGCAAGCGCAUGCAGACUGUGGCACUCAGACGAGGCCUUGGCAACGGUCCGCACGACUAUCAUCGAGUCCUUGUGGACCUCCAUCCUCCUUGGUGGUACAAAGACGCAGCGAGAGAUGCGAUGAUCUUGGACGUCGACAACAGGACGCACGACGAA